CUUAUGCGUAUCCGGUAUAUUGUGUUAUUUGGUGUAAACAAAUGGAGGUUGGUUGAGUCGAAGCGAAAAUGGCAGAGAGGAAAUACGAUUUAGCCCUUGUUAAUACGCUAACUGACAAGAAAGUUCGACUACAUCCAUGGUAUAAAGAAAGAUUACAGACAAAACUCAUCAAGUCUUUGAAACCAGCAGAUACUUCAAAAUGUUUGAUGGGAAAAGAUUGGUUGUUUCUGAAAGACGGUUUAGAUGAUUUUAGAGAUGGUUUGCCACCGCCAGUUCAAGGAGAUGUCUUCAUCAAGGGAAGCAAAGGACCCGGGCCUAAUGUUAAGCACAGUAGUGAAAACACCAGGGUAGUCAAACAACCAGCGGUGAGGAACCGGUUCAGUAAACAUCAAAUCUGUUACUCAAGGCUAACUCCCUUACAACAGCAGCGCAGGGAUCAUAUUGAUGAAAUUGAGUAUGGCUUAACUCAGCACCCCCUGGCUCUGUACCCACACCUGGAGGAGAGUGUUAACCCAGAGCUUUUUGAGGAUAUUGUGGACAUCCUCGAUCCUGAGAUGAACCUAGACUCAGAAGUUGGUUCGUUGGAGGACUUUGAUGAGGAGGAAGACACCUUCUCCAAGACGGAUGAGGAUGGAGAUAAAAUUUCGGAGGCUGAUCUUGACAAAGCACCCGAGACGGAUGAGACGGUGGUUAGGAAUCCCUACCGAUGGCUUCCUCGUAAGGAAGAAAAAGAGAAGAAAGACAAGAAGAAAUCUUCUGAUCGUGGACAAGGAUCACCUUCUAGAGGUGAGCACAUAGAAAAAGUAACCAAAGAGUUUUGUGACUGGGUAUCCAGCCUUGGAGGGGAGGAAAAUAAUAUUGAGGAGUCGACUAUCACAAGUUUGUUUGCAAGUGGUUACGAGACCAAGCCCGCCCUAUCCGUGCCCAUACACGUCGUAGAGCUUACCAACGUUCCUCAGGACCUGCGCAGCACAGCUCCGGGAGCACAGACACAACAGACUAACAAAAAUAUACCACCCCCAGAGAUAAAGAAAGAAAACUGGAGCUACACAGGAAAAUAUGAACCAAGUUGGGUAAAAUUCAAGUAUGGAUCUUGGUAUUUAGAUCCUAAAACUUGGAAAAUGAGGAAAUUUGUCGACCCCCUUAUGGACCCGAAAGAGAUUAAAGACAUGGAAAUGUCUGAAGCCAAGAAGAGGAGCAAAGAAUUGAAUCAAGAAAUAUCAAUUUCACAUGGAGCAAAGGCGUUUACAGAAUUUAUGAACAGGAGAGAUGACCGUAAACCAGAGUUUUUAGUAGAAGUUGAGGAUAUUCAACAGAAAGCAGCCGAGGAAGAAGCCAGGAGAUUAGAGGCAGAGUUAGCGGCAAAGAACAAAACAUUUAUAUACCGCAAGAAGGCUGAUGCCGUAGAAGCUUCCUAGCUUUUGUAGAAACAAUGCGACAGUUUAUCAGUAUCCGAAAAAUACCAUUCAGGUCAAGGUCGUGCCAGUGACAUAACACUAUAAGGCAUUUGUUUUAUUAUAUUAAGAUUCCGUCCAUUUUUGUCUAGUAUGUCUAGAAUAUGUUAUAUCUAGUGGAAUAAGUGGUCCAUCAAGUGAUUGUGAAAUAUUAAGUUCUGGAACUGUUUUAUUUCUUACAAUAUUAAGUGAAAAUUGGGAACCUUACACCAGGUUUUUUUCACGCAACUUUCGUACCAAGAAAGCCACAUGGAAUGGCAAUACUGAGAAAGUUUUUUCCCUCUUGAAACGUUUUCCUUUUGAAUCUGUCCAUCUUUUAUGAUUCAUUAAAAGGGAUAUUUAUUUUCUUGUUGUACCAAGUUUGCAUACAUUGCAAAACUAAAUUUUGCAAAUCUUUUCUUAAAAGUUGAUAUACGAAUAUUACCAUGUUAUUACAUCACUGCUGACAGUUAUCUUAAGUAUGGAGCACACAAUAUUAUCAAUUAAUGUUAACUGCUUCUUGUAAAGCUGCUAUGUAGAUUUGAUGAGGACGAUACUUGUUCUAUAAGAAUGUAUCACAAUGUUUAAUGUGUAUGAUGGUUAUAUUAAAUAUUAAGCAUCAGAGCCUAAUUGUUUUUAAUUUUUCGACUUGGUCCUGAUGUAUAUUUUGGUAUACCUGACCUGUAGGCUUUUGUUGUAUGAAAUGUGUAAGCUUAAAUACAUUGA